AUGGAGGUCCCGGGGAGAUUGGAUCAGAAAAAGAUCGAAGAGCAGGAGCAAUCGCUGGCAACCUCUUUAGCGAUCGCAACCAUCUGCCAGGAAAUCAGCGAACUUGGUGAGGAUGUCCAUAUGUCCAAAUUCCUGUUCUCUGCCAUUAAUGGGACCUGUCGCCCAACUCACCUAGAGGAGCCCUGGAUCUCCGAGGAGCAAAUCCUCUCGUUGUUGCUGCGCGGAGAAAGCCUCAUAGCGCCAGCUGGAACCUCACCGCCACAUGCAGUUCACAAUAUUUGCGGAGGGGAGCGAUUGCGCAGACGUCUGGAGUCCAUUGCCGGAAGAAAUGAGCAAUAA